AGUGGGCUUGCUCAGUGCUUGAAGCUGUGAUGGAAUUUCUCCUCUACAAGAGAGUGCAGUCUGCUCUGAUUGGCCCCUUGUACUUGAGGCUGAACAACUUAGAAUCCAGACGAUUUCUCCUUAGUGCAUCCGAAUCUAGAGCUGAAUAGAAAGAAGGUUGCCUGUCCCUCAUGUUGCUGUCUGUCCGCAGAGCCCAAAACCAACCUGCGAGCCUCGUCUGGCUGCGUGUCUUCCUGAGGAAGAGGCCAAAGGGGAGGAAGAUGCCCAGCAAGCUGCAGCUGCUGCCACUGUGGAGCCUGAGCUGCCAGCAUCAGGGUUUCGGCACUGUGUGCACGGCACUGGACACUGCCACAGGAGAAGAGGUGGCCAUAAAGAUAAUCAGUCUCCUGGAAGACAACAGCAACGAACUAUGUGUGAAGGAAAUCCAGGUGAUGCGUGAAAAUAAGAACAACAACCUAGUGAACUACGUAGACAGCUACCUGGUGCACGAGGAACUCUGGCUUGUGAUGGAAUACAUGAACGGAGGUUCCUUACACGAUGUCAUCAUGGAGGCCAGGAUGGUAGAAGAAGAGAUAGCAGUUGUCUCUCGGGAGUGCCUGCAAGGCCUGGAUUUCCUUCACUCCAAGCAAGUCAUCCAUCGAGACAUCAAAAGCCACAACAUUCUCCUGGGCUUGGACGGAUCUGUCAAGUUGGCUGAUUUUGGUCUCGCUGCUCAGCUGACGGCUGAGCAGAGCAAACGGAGAUCAGCUGUCGGCACGACUUACUGGAUGGCGCCAGAAAUUUUCACCAGGAAGUCCUACGGCCCCAAAGUGGAUAUCUGGUCCUUGGGCAUCGUGGGCUUCGAGAUGGUGGAAGGAGCACCUCCUUACCUGAUGGAAAGCUCCCGCACGGUGCGCUGCAACUUCUCUCCCACUUCCUCCUGUCACUCUAACCAAAUCUGCCCCCACUUCUUCUGCCUGGGAUGCUUGGUGACACCUGAAGUCCAUAGGUUGUGGGCUGCAUAGUCUCUUGUGCUUCUUGCCCUGUUUUUUCCCCUUGCCAUUGAAUUGUGAAGAGCCCUAAAAACUGUGAUGCCCUUUCCUGAUGGAAGCUUUGACUUAAGGGAGCUGUGAGUGGCGCCAAAGCUGCAUUGUUUGGAAGAAUCCUUGGGAAUAGCAGAGUAAGA